CCAGGGUUUAUAUACAUCACUUGGCCAAACAUAUCUGUGAUAGGGGCAGACAUCUGUGCGGUGGUGGUCCUUCAAACACAAAACUUAUCGUCCAAAUGCAACAUUUCUACCGUGACAAUGCCUGUACAAAGUUUACCGAUUCGAGACUCUGCCCUCUACGUGCGACUGCUACAUCAAUACUUGAUUCUGCUGAAGAAUUACCCCAUUCUUACCAAAUCCGUAACGAGUGGCAUUCUCUCAGCAAUGGGAAAUCUAAUAUCUCAAGCAUUGGAAGCAAAACGAAAGGCCAAAGAAGGGACCCCAGUGAAGGAGAUUGACAUUUCAGGACCUGCCCGCUUUGCCAUUUAUGGGUUGCUCAUUACUGGGCCUGUGAGCCAUUACUUUUACCAACUCAUGGAGGUGUUGAUGCCUACCACUGUUCCAUACUGCAUGGUGAAACGCUUGUUCUUGGAUCGCCUUAUCUUCGCCCCUGCAUUCCUCCUGCUUUUCUUCUUUGUUAUGAACAUCCUGGAGGGUAAGAGCUGGGCAGACUUCCAGAGCAAAGUGAAUAGUAGUUAUUGGCCUGCCUUGAAGAUGAACUGGAAAGUGUGGACCCCCUUCCAGUUCAUCAACAUCAACUAUGUGGCUGUAGAGUUUCGAGUACUGUUUGCCAACAUGGUGGCCUUAUUUUGGUAUGCUUACCUUGCGUCUGUGAGGAAGUGAAGACUCCCAAGAUCUUCUCCCUGAUUACUGAAUGAAGAGGGCACAGGGUGUGCCUCAGGAGCUGCAGAACGUUACAAGGACAGGCCUGUGAAUGCCAGUGCAGCAAGCUGGUACAACCAGGCAAAUUAACUGGGGUGAUGUGUAGAACGUCACUCACAAACUACAAAAGUACUACACUAAGGAAAUCGUAACGCAUCUAAUGUGUUGCUUACAUGGAGAAUAACAUAACUGAGAUGUUCAAUGUUAAUUGUUACUACUGAUAUUUAAGAUCUUAAAUUAAUUGAAAUACUUGAGUCGUUUUGUGCCAAGGUGUUUUGGUUUGAACAAUGGUAAAUACAUGUUACCUAUUCUUGAUAGAUAAAAAUGUAUACUAUAAUUUAAGAUGAAGCAAAUGUGCUGAAGGAAAUUAAUAUCAGUGACUGUUUCAACCUUGAAUGCAACUCAUUUAACACCAUCUGAAUAUGCAAUGUUAAGAUGUAUCAGGCCAUGAAGCAUUGUGUAUAUUGCUGACAAGGCUGGCCUGUAGUUUCCUCAUGUGGACUGCCUUUAGUUUAGUUUGAGUCUCAACUCAACUGUAAAUGUUACUGCUCUCUCUGUCUCUAUCAGGUCAUAUAAGGGAGCAACAGCACAUCAGACUGAAACUGCCAUAAUAUUUUACAUCCUGAUGUAUUUGAUUUAACCCUAUUUUAUAAAUGAAAACAAUAACCAGUC